AUGGAGCUGCUGCCCCUGCUCACGGCGCUGCUCCUCGCGCACGCCAUGGCCUACCUGGCCUGGCACGCUCUCGCCCGUCGCCGCCGCGAGCGCUGCUACCUGCUCGACUACGCGUGCCACAAGCCCUCCGACGACCGCAAGGUCACCACCGAGAUGGCCGGCGCCGUCAUCGAGCGCAACAAGCGCCUCGGCCUCCCCGACUACCGCUUCCUCCUCAAGGUCAUCGUCAACUCCGGCAUCGGCGAGCACACCUACUCCCCGCGCAACGUCCUCGACGGCCGCGAGGAGUGCGCCACCCACUACGACGCGCUCGACGAGAUGGACGCCUUCUUCGACGACGCCGUCCGCGCCGUCCUCGCCAAGACCGGCGUCUCCCCUCGCGACGUCGACCUGGUGGUCCUCAACGUCGGCUCAUUCUCCCCGGCCCCCUCCCUCGCCGCCAGGCUCGUCAGCCGCUUCGGGAUGCGGGAGGACGUCAUGGCCUACAACCUCUCCGGCAUGGGCUGCAGCGCCGGGCUCGUCUCCGUCGACCUCGCCCGCCGCGUCAUGCUCACCCGCCCGCGCACCAUGGCGCUCGUCGUCACCUCCGAGUCCUGCGCCCCCAACUGGUACAACGGCACCGACAAGUCCAUGAUGCUCGGCAACUGCCUCUUCCGCUGCGGCGGCGCCGCCGCCCUGCUCACCAACGACCCGGCCUUCAGAUCCCGGGCCAAGAUGGAGCUGCGCUGCCUCGUGCGCGCGCACAUCGGCGCCUACGACGACGCGCACGCCGCCGCCGUGCACCGCGAGGACGCCGACGGCCGCCUCGGGGUCAGCCUCAGCAAGGACCUCCCCAAGGCCGCGGUGCGGGCAUUCAGCCAGAACCUCCAGCGCCUCGCCCCGCGCAUCCUGCCCGCCGCCGAGCUCGCGCGCUUCACGCUCCGCCUCCUCGCGGGCAAGCUCACGCGCCGGAAGCUCAAGUUCGAGGGCCCCAAGAUCAACUUCAAGACUGGGGUCGACCACUUCUGCCUCCACCCCGGCGGGACGGCCGUCAUCGACGCCGUCAGGAAGAACCUCGGCCUCACCACCUACGACGUCGAGCCGGCCACCAUGACGCUGCACCGCUGGGGGAACACCUCCGCCAGCAGCCUCUGGUACGUGCUCUCCUACAUGGAGGCCAAGCGCCGCCUCAAGGCAGGCGACAGGGUGCUCAUGGUCACCUUCGGCUCCGGCUUCAAGUGCAACAGCUGCUACUGGGAGGUCAGCAAGGACCUCCACGACGGCGGCGCAUGGGAGGACUGCAUCGACGACUACCCGCCGGAGACCAUGGUCAAUCCCUACACCGAGAAGUUCGGAUGGGUCAACGACCUGCAGGGCGGGGGUGGCAUCCUCCCGUUCUAACCUUCUCCACAUGCAUUUUUUUACCUUCACAAAAGAAAAUUGAUUUAUUCAGAAUUAGAUGCUCAUAAAAAUAUUUUUUAUUCAGCGAUUGUGUGUAUGUACGGUGGUUUUUUUUUUCUUCCUUUUCGUUCACAAUUUUCUGCUCGUCCUGCUGAUACGAAUCUGUAUACUUGUAAAAAUAGUUAGCUCGUACAUCAUGUGGUGUUGUUCCAGUAUUAGGAAGAACAAAAAACUAGAGUGUAAAACUGGAUGUGUACAUGAAGAUCAACAAAGGUCAUUACUUUACGCGCGCAUAUAUGUGCGGCGUCCCACUU